AUGUCAUUUGUGAACGCUGAAGCUUAUUCCGAAGGAAAUAAUUGCACAAAGAUUUUCACAAAAGUUCUCAUGAAUGAAUUUUCUCAAUGGAUAAAUUGGCGUGCAGAUAGAAGAGAUUCAGUGCUGGAUGUUGGGAGUGGUCCUGGGAAUACAGUUCGUGAGUCAAUUUACCCCCUUUUGCCGCCCAAUUUCACCCGUCUCGUUCUUUCGGACAUUUCCCCGCAAAUGGUUGAGCUGCAACGGAAAGAAUUUUCUGGCUUCAAGCGAGUUUCCUGCGAAGUUCUUGACAUUGGCAGUAAGAUCAGCGAUGAAAUGAAGAAGAAGUUGAGCACCUUUGACCACGUGACGUCUUUCUUCUGCCUCAUGUGGGUGGCUGAUCAGCAACGAGCCAUGGAUAAUAUCUACAGUCUCCUGAAGCCAGGCGGGGAUUGCUUCCUGGCCAUCGUAGCGGAUACACCAGUUCUGGAUGCUCUUAUUUCCGUCUGUGAAAAGCCUCAGUGGAAGAAUUGCUUUGCAGGAUGGCGAGAUUUCUAUGCCUUUCCCUAUCUCAAAUUAGAUGAAGCUAAAGAAAAGGGCUUAAAGCUACUGAAGGAAGCAGGAUUCAUUGAAAUGAGAGCCGAAUUGAGGCAACAAAUGUUCAAUAUUGCUUCAGAUUGGGAAAAAGAAAAUUUUCUAAGAGCAAUGCCUGAUGGAUUAUCGCGGGAUAUCUCAGAGGAAGAAAGAGAAAUGAUUUUCCGGGAACGUGUGAGUGUUUUUGAUGCCUUCAACAUUGGAGAGUAUCGUGAUAAUUGUGGUAGAAUUGAGAAGCCAGCCACUUUGCUCAUUUUGUAUGGAAAGAAAGGUCAUUUAGAAGCUUAA